UGAUUAACUAAUUGGUGUCGACGUCAUUUGUGAUGUCGUUCAAGCAGGCCACCACUCGCUCCGAAUUCCGAUCUCCUUUCAUCUAGGAGCCUGACGAAGAACAAACCACCGUCGUGUCCAUCCACAAACUCUCUCUCUGAGAGCCCAAAUCGGAGAUGUACCUCAAAAAGGCAUUGUGGAGCGAAGGAUUCACGGCGAAGCCGUCCGCCGAAUCUUCGCCGGACGAUAAAUCGGCGUCGGCAACGUCCUCCACCGUCGGGGAAUUGGUCAAUUCUCUGAACCGCCAGAGGCUCUACCGCGAAAUUACUUUUUCCCUUCGAACAGGUCUAAGAGACGCCAGCGCCGAGUUUAGCUUUCUCCGAGUCCGUGGUCUUCGCAGCCUUCUCAAGUCCCUUCGCUCCAUCGCGGAGUCCGAUUCUACCAUCCAGCUCUUCUGCCAGAUUCAGUCCUUGCCGGAGCUCCAAGUGGUUCCAGUACUAUUUCAACAGUCACUAAAGGAGUCAGAGGAUGACCCUGUGGUAAAUUUGGACCAUAUUUUUGGAGUGGAACCUUUGAAGAUCGCUAGUCCUUCAACCGAUGCUGAAGUUGCCCUCGCACUACGAGUUUUGGAAGGUUGUUGUCUCCUUCACAGAGAAAGCACUGCUUUAGCCCAUCGGCACAAGGCAAUUCCGGUUUUGAUGAAUAUAUUAUCAAUCCGUGGAGUACUUGAACAAGGUGCAUGCUUAGAUGCGUUGAUUUCAGUAAUGUUGGAUUCGUCAGCUAAUCAAACGGAUUUUGAUGUUUGCAACGGUAUUGAGGAAGUUGCAUUGCUCAUAAGGGACAAACAAAUAGAUGAAAACCUCAGGUUGAAAUGUGGUGAGUUUUUACUGGUACUCAUUGGACAUGUAAAUGGGAGGGGAAGGCCUCCUCUAGCAACCAUUCAUGAAGACAUAAGGCGGCUUCUGGGAGAGAAAUCAGCCUCCUUGAUUUGGGCAGCCAGUCAAUUCGGCUCGACUCUUGAUCCUGAGCAGAGAUUAACAGCCCUGCACAUCCAAGCACGUCGGGUUCUCGAGUCGCUGGACUUAUAUUGAAUCUGAAAAUGGUAAUGUUUCUCUACAUUCUAACAGUGCUUUAAUAGACUCUUCCUGAUGUUGUCUGGAAUGUGGCACAUACAGUAGUAGUAAUCUGUUGUCUGCUUGUUUGCGUGGCUGCCUGCACUUUUCGUUGAGAUAUGGAAAACUGUGUUUCAUUUUUGUACAAAAUUAGACUUAAAAAAAAGA